GUGUUUGAAGAAGCAUCCUGAUUGUACAUAACCGUCGGCUCUUAGUCUAAGGGCUACAUGCACAAAAGCAAUUGCUAGUAAUUUUUUCCAGUAACAACUCUAGCUGCACUUAAGGGCUGGCACUCGGGUAUGUCUUCUUCUACUACACCACCACCUCUCUCUACGCUCGAGAGUUUUCUUUGCGGCGGACUGGCAGCAUGCAUAGCCGUCACUGUCAGCAAUCCUGCAGAAGUAGCCAAGACACGUUUGCAACUCCAAGGUGAGCUGGUCAAAGAUGGAAAAAAGAAAAUAUAUAAGGACGCGUUGGAUGUUCUGGCAAAGACUUGGAGAAACGAGGGCAUUCGGGGCUUGCAAAGAGGACUCGGACCAGCGUACGUUUACCAGACACUUUUGAAUGGAUCACGUCUGGGUUUCUACGAGCCAUUCCGACGAACUAUCAACCGCACAAUAGGUAGAUCUAGCACCGACCAAAUACCAUGGACUUCUGUUGUAGCUGGUGCCGCAAGUGGCCUAAUAGGAGCUUCGCUUGGCAACCCGCUCUUCCUGAUAAAAGCACGAAUGCAGGCAUACUCUCCUGUAUUGCCAGUUGGCGCACAACAUUACUACAAGAGCUCGUUUGACGCAUUGAUCACUAUUUUUAAGACAGAAAAAUUUUGGGGUCUAAUACGUGGUAUGGAUGCAGCCAUUCUGCGAACAGCUAUGGGAUCUUCGGUCCAGCUUCCUACAUACAAUUGGACUAAAAACCAACUUGGCUCGCAUGGAUUACUUCCUUCAAACAGCGUAUUGACUUACCUCGCUAGUUCCUCAGUGUCCGGAGUUUGCGUGUGCAUUGUCAUGCAGCCUGCUGACACGGCCCUUACCCGAGUGUACAACCAACCAACAACACGCACACCCGAUGGUCGUUUAGUAGGAACACUGUAUAAGAAUCCCAUCGACUGUCUCUGGAAGACUUUCAGAACCGAAGGCGUGUUCGGCUGGUACAAGGGUUCAACUGCACAGUUUCUUCGUGUUGCGCCCCAUACCAUUAUUACCCUCACUAUGAACGACAUCAUAUUGAGCCUGUACAAGGACAUCCGUAAUCGUAGAUCAUGACCUCAACCUGAUACUUUUAUGAAUGGCGUGCGGAUACAAUGUGAAUUAUGGUUAGAAGACUCGUGGUACUACGGUACCUGUUCAAAACAAAACAUGAUUGAAGCAAAGUGCCGGUCACAAAAUUCGGGCGACUCAUGCGGAGCAGGGGGAACAUCCAAGGACUCCAAACGUGUAGGUCGAGAAGUUUGUGUGAUAUUCUUCCUCAGUUUUACCGUCUUGAAUGAACUGUUGCUGCAGUCGACAUGCAGAGGUUGUGAAAAAUAUUUCAUUUCUCAUGUUCAAA